GCUUCUGCUGUCAAGUAGCUAGGCAGGGCUCCGCCAAGGCUAGGAGGGGCGCCGGGUGCGGAGAUGCGCUCCCAGGUGUUUGCAGCGGAAGUGGGAAACCUGUAGGUUAUGGUCCAGCCGCGCGGCGCCGAGGCGAGCAGGAGCACAGAACAGAUAUCCAAUUUGGAUCAUUUCUGAAGCUGAAUUCAGAACAAUCUUAAGAGUGGCUGCACCAGUUUGCAUUCCCACUAGCAGUGCAAAAGAGAUCCUCUUUCUCCGCCUCGCCAACACCUGUUGUUGCCUGAGUUGUUAAUGUUAGCCAUUCUGACAGGUGUUUACUAUCCAACUGUCAUAAAGCUAAAGCUUUUUUGAAAAAUCAAAACUAACUUCUGCACCUAAGAUGAAAAUGUGGUUGCUGGUCAGUCACCUUGUGAUAAUAUCUUUUACAACCUGCUUAUCAGAGUUUACAUGGUACAGAAGAUAUGGUCAUGGAGUUUCUGAGGAAGACAAAGGAUUUGGACCAAUUUUCGAAGAGCAGCCAAUCAAUACCAUUUAUCCAGAGGAAUCACCAGAAGGAAAAGUUUCACUAAACUGUAGGGCACGAGCCAGCCCUUUCCCAGUUUACAAAUGGAGAAUGAAUAAUGGGGAUAUUGACCUGACAAGUGAUCGGUACAGUAUGGUAGGAGGAAACCUGGUUAUCAACAACCCUGACAAACAGAAAGAUGCUGGAAUAUAUUACUGUUUGGCAUCAAAUAACUAUGGGAUGGUCAGAAGCACUGAAGCAACCCUGAGCUUUGGAUAUCUUGACCCUUUCCCACCUGAGGAGCGUCCUGAGGUCAGAGUGAAAGAAGGGAAGGGAAUGGUGCUUCUCUGUGAUCCUCCCUACCAUUUUCCAGAUGACCUUAGCUACCGCUGGCUUCUAAAUGAAUUUCCUGUAUUUAUCACAAUGGAUAAACGAAGAUUUGUGUCUCAGACAAAUGGAAAUCUCUACAUUGCAAAUGUCGAGGCAUCAGACAAAGGCAAUUAUUCCUGCUUUGUAUCCAGUCCUUCUAUUACAAAGAGUGUGUUCAGCAAAUUUAUCCCACUCAUUCCACUACCUGAACGAACAACAAAACCAUAUCCUGCUGAUAUCGUAGUUCAGUUCAAGGACAUUUAUGCAUUGAUGGGCCAAAAUGUGACAUUAGAGUGUUUUGCGCUUGGCAAUCCCGUUCCUGAUAUCCGAUGGCGGAAGGUCCUAGAACCAAUGCCAAGUACUGCUGAGAUCAGCACCUCUGGGGCUGUCCUCAAGAUCUUCAAUAUUCAGCUAGAAGAUGAAGGCACAUAUGAAUGUGAGGCUGAGAACAAUAGAGGAAAGGAUAAACACCAGGCAAGAAUUUAUGUUCAAGCGUUUCCUGAGUGGGUAGAACAUAUCAACGACACAGAGGUGGAUAUAGGCAGUGACCUCUAUUGGCCUUGUGUGGCCACAGGGAAGCCCAUCCCUACAAUCCGAUGGCUGAAAAAUGGAUAUGCGUAUCAUAAAGGGGAGUUGAGACUGUAUGAUGUGACUUUUGAAAAUGCUGGCAUGUACCAGUGCAUAGCUGAAAACACACAUGGAGCCAUAUAUGCAAAUGCGGAGUUGAAGAUCUUGGCUUUGGCUCCAACUUUUGAAAUGAAUCCUAUGAAGAAAAAGAUCUUAGCUGCUAAGGGAGGAAGGGUCAUAAUUGAAUGCAAACCUAAAGCAGCACCCAAGCCAAAAUUCUCAUGGAGUAAAGGGACAGAGUGGCUCGUCAAUAGCAGCAGAAUACUCAUUUGGGAAGACGGCAGCUUGGAAAUAAAUAACAUUACAAGAAAUGAUGGAGGUAUCUAUACAUGCUUUGCAGAAAAUAAUAGAGGGAGGGCUAAUAACACUGGCACUCUUGUUAUUACAGAUCCCACGCGAAUUAUAUUGGCCCCAAUUAAUGCUGAUAUUACUGUUGGAGAAAAUGCUACCAUGCAGUGUGCUGCGUCCUUCGAUCCCGCCCUGGAUCUCACAUUUAUUUGGUCCUUCAAUGGCUAUGUGAUCGAUUUUAACAAAGAGAACAUUCAUUACCAGCGGAAUUUUAUGCUGGAUUCCAAUGGAGAACUGCUCAUCCGAAAUGCCCAGCUGAAGCAUGCUGGGAGAUACACGUGCACUGCUCAGACAAUCGUGGACAAUUCUUCAGCUUCAGCUGAUCUUGUUGUGCGAGGCCCUCCAGGCCCUCCAGGUGGUCUGCGAAUAGAAGACAUUAGAGCCACUUCUGUGGCACUUACUUGGAGCCGUGGUUCAGACAAUCAUAGUCCUAUAUCUAAAUACACUAUUCAGACCAAGACUAUUCUUUCAGAUGACUGGAAAGAUGCAAAGACAGAUCCCCCAAUUAUUGAAGGGAAUAUGGAGGCAGCAAGAGCAGUGGAUUUAAUACCAUGGAUGGAAUAUGAAUUUCGUGUGGUAGCAACCAAUACGUUGGGUAUAGGAGAGCCCAGUAUACCAUCAAACAGAAUUAAAACAGAUGGUGCUGCUCCUAAUGUGGCGCCUUCAGAUGUAGGAGGUGGAGGUGGAAGCAACAGAGAGCUGACCAUAACAUGGGUGCCUUUGUCAAGAGAAUACCACUACGGCAACAAUUUUGGUUACAUAGUGGCAUUUAAGCCUUUUGAUGGGGAAGAAUGGAAAAAAGUUACAGUAACUAAUCCAGAUACUGGCCGCUAUGUCCAUAAAGAUGAGACCAUGCGCCCUUCCACUGCAUUUCAAGUCAAAGUUAAGGCCUUCAACAACAAAGGAGAUGGACCUUACAGCCUCACAGCAGUCAUUAAUUCAGCACAAGACGCUCCCAGUGAAGCUCCAACAGAAGUAGGUGUAAAAGUCUUGUCAUCUUCUGAGAUAUCUGUUCAUUGGGAUCAUGUUGUAGAAAAAAUUGUGGAAAGCUAUCAGAUUCGGUAUUGGGCUGCCCAUGACAAAGAAGCAGCUGCACACAGAGUUCAAGUCACCAGCCAAGAGUACUCGGCCAGGCUGGAGAACCUUCUGCCCGACACCCAGUACUUUGUGGAAGUCAGGGCCUGCAAUAGCGCAGGGUGUGGGCCUCCCAGUGACAUGAUUGAGACCUUCACCAAGAAAGCACCUCCGAGCCAGCCCCCAAGGAUCAUCAGUUCCAUAAGAUCUGGUUCACGCUAUAUAAUCACCUGGGAUCAUGUGGUAGCACUAUCAAAUGAAUCUACAGUGACAGGAUAUAAGGUUCUCUAUAGACCCGAUGGUCAGCAUGAUGGCAAGCUGUAUUCAACUCAUAAACACUCCAUAGAAGUUCCAAUCCCCAGGGAUGGAGAGUAUGUUGUAGAGGUUCGUGCACACAGUGAUGGAGGAGAUGGAGUAGUGUCUCAAGUCAAAAUUUCAGGUGUAUCCACCCUAUCACCAAGCCUUCUUGGCUUACUGCUGCCUGCCCUUGGCAUCCUUGUCUACCUGGAUUUCUGAGUGUGAUGUGACAGCUGCUGCUCCCAGCCCAGCUUAGAGGACACAGAGGACACCUUCAUCCCUAUGAUGAAUAUAAUUCCUUCCAUUUUCUGUGGCUCCACCCUAAGCCAAAUAAAUGAUACUUUAACAAACUCUCCAACUGAUUUACAACACACAUUAUGACUGAGGCAUUCAGGAACCCCUUCGUCCAAAAGAAUAUACUUUUAAAUGGGUAUAAAAUGAUUUUUAACUCGUUCCAAUAUGCCUUAUAAACCACUUAACCUGAUUCUGUGACAGUUGCAUGAUUUAAUCCAAUGGGACAAGUUACAGUGUUCAAUUCAAUACUAUAGGCUGUAGAGUGAAAAGUAAAAUCACCAUACACAGGUGCUUUAAAUUUAAUAACAAGUUGUGAAAUAUAAUAGAGGUUGAAAUGUUGAUUGUAUGUGGUAAAUGUAAGAGUAAAACAGUCUCUUGUACUAUUCUCUGUUUCGGGUCCUGCAUAUUUUUGAAUGGCCCCUAUCAUUCAUGACAUUUUGAGUUUCCUUGAAAAAAAAAAUAGAGUAUAACUGAAACAUUUUGACAUAAAUUCCAUGAGCAACUCAUUUUACUGAAUGAGUUGAAAGAUUCUGAAUAUUGAAAACCAAAUUCUAGAAAUUGUUAUCAGUAUUCUUAUUUUGGAAGUAAGUAAUUUUCUAAAUGCUUGAUUUUCAGAAUCAGUAAUAAUUUUACGUUAGAUUUUUAGUGGUAAAGUUAACAUACCAUAGGAAGGUUUUUCUUUACUUUUAUAUGAUAUUCUGAAAAUAUUUUAUGCUUUUCUCAUCAUCAGUUUCAAACCUCAAAAAUCACAGCUCUUCUCUAGAGUAUCAUCAUAUUGCUGUAUUUAUUCAUACAUAGAAUAAUGAAUUUUGAAAAGUAGAAUGCUUUCAUUUUUUAAUUGAGAGGUGACAGUCGUUACACAGCUAGAAAUAAACAAUGUUAAGUGAGUAUAAGUGUGAUCUAAUACUAUUCUAAGGAUCUUUGUUUUUGUGCUCCAUUUCUAAGUAAAAGCUUUCUUUAUUGAAGGUAUCAAGAAAUCACCUAUACGUUGGAAAAUCUACAAUAUACCUUAUUUUUUUUAAUUUGCUAGUAAACUCAUUUCCCACUUCAAUGCAAUACUGAAAACUGGCUAAAAAUACCAAAUCAAUAUGUUGCUAAUGGUACUUUGAAAGUAUGCAAACUGGAAGGCCAGGAGGAGACAAAUAAUGUGUCCAAUGGUGUCUCCCAAGUGUUGGUGCUUUAGGUUUUCAUAAGUUGUAAAAAGGAAGAUGCACAUUUCUUCAUUCUCCGUGGUAUGCAAGGAAAUGUGUUUGAGUGUGGGUGUGAGAGAAAUGGAAUAAUAAAGGAUUAGCUGGCUCAUGAAACAGUGCAAUGUCUGAUGAUUCAGGAGGUAUAAUCCUAUUUUAUUAGCACAACCUUGCUAGCUAAUUAGAGAUAGAGUUUAUCUUUUUAGAAAGGAUACCUUAUAGGUUCAUAAAAAAAUAUUUACAGGCAGCAAAAUAGAACUAUUACUACUUUACCCCCUUUUCUUUAAUUUGUAUAAUUUUUGUACUAUAUAUCUAUGUGUAAAUGUUUAGAGCUUUCAUUAUGAAAAUAUCAAUAAAUAUGUCAUUAGUUUACAUUCAACUCUUUGUUAUAAAAUUAAACUUUUUAAUAAUAAGUGAAAUGGAUGAUUUCCCAGUGGAAGUACGUCAACAGUCUUAAAAGCAUUACCAGAUUUCAUAAAAUACAUAAUUAUUUGAAAAAGAAACAAAAUCUCUUCAUACUUUAGGGAAACGAAUACUGUGUAAGCCUUCUGUACAAAUGUUUGUGUUUUCAUUGUUACACUUUGGGGUUUUCCUUUUGCAAUGUGACCCAUGUUGGGCAUUUUUAUAUAAUCGACAACAACUAAAUCUUUUGCCAAAUGCAUGCUCGCCUUUUAUUUCUAAUGUAUUGCAAUAAAGAGCAAAACUGGUUAGAUUUUGCAUGAAAUGGUUCUGAAAGGUAAGAAGAAAACAGACUUUGGAGGUUGUUUCAUUUUAAAUUUGUGACAGAGAUAAGGUAGAUUAAAAUCUCUCAUACACUGAUAACUCAAGCUUUUCAUUUCCUCAUACAGUUGUACAAAUUUGACUGGGACCAUCAGUUUUAAACUGUUGUCAAACUAACUAAUGUAUCAUCUGCUUAAGACGCAAGAUUCUUAAUUAAACUUUAUAUAGAUAUAGA